UAAUGGUCGUGAUGAUUCCAACAUGGCCCGGAACGAAGAGAAACAUCUCGGUAAACUGAACCGACUGUGGUUGCAAAAGGAGAGAGAAGAGGGGCGAAUCAAAGAUGUGCGUGAAGCUAGACCUAGACUGUCCUGCCUUAAUACUGCGGCAGCUGUGAAAAAGUGGAUCCCGAGCAUCAAGAAUGAAAUAGAAUACUACCUUCAGCAAUCCCAGUUGUCUCACUACCCUGAGAGGAAGAUCGCAGAGUUUCAGCAGCACAUUGAGGAGCUGGGGGAGGAGUACAAACGUUACAUCCGCAAGCUCCGCUUCCUCGACCCAUCCUGCAAGCACCACCCCUGGACCCCCCGGGCCUACGCUAAAAAGAGGCAAGAGGACGACAACCCCCAGUGUGCAGGUCAGACAGCGAAGAGACUGUGCACUGCUGACCACGCUGGCCCGACCAGUCUGCUGAGCACAGAGUGUGAUGGGGUGAGUGGGAGGAGUGGGACUGAGGAUCCAGCAGCCUCAGAGAGACUGGAAAGCUUUCUACCGCCAGCCGCCCCCCGCAGCUCUGCCCCGGACCCGCCAGGUCAGGACCAGCCGCUCUCCUUUGACGCGACCAGGAUGGCCGUGAAGCUGGCAGGGUCCCGAGCGGCUCCGAGAGGCCUCCACACGGACAGCAUGGCCCGCGUGCUGCUCUCGGGCCUGCCCAACCUUCACAGCUCCCCCCUGGCACAGACACUGGCAGCACAGGGUGGCACAGGUGCAGAGAAGGGAACUACACAGCCCUCUGACCCCAGCCCCGCUCCGCAGAGUACAGGGAACGUCCUUGGCCUGGACUGCUACUCCUCAUCUGAGGAGGACACAUGACGCGCAGACUGACCAAUAGCCAAGGUUACAGCACAUAUUGGCAAAGCGCUACAGCCAUGGACAUCAAAUGUAUGUGCAGUUGGCUUUUUUGAUGGAUGGUGCCUUCGACUUUAUGCCUUAAUAUGUUACAUUUAAAGACAGUUUAAUAGAUUUCAAUACAGUCUGACAGUCUCAGUGUGAGGUGCUUAGUCUUGGGGCGAGCCAGUGCAGUUUUUUUUUUUUUUUCUUUCCAGCCAGAAAGAUAUCAUGGACGUCUUCUCCAAUCAAUAAAGAACAACGUGAUCUUUAACAUAAUUUACCAGUGAAUGGUUACUUCAGAUUUAUUACACUUAUAUAACGGUACAUAAGGUCAUGGUUUGCACUGCAUAUCACCAAAGCACAUGUCAAACAUACUUUGUUGCAUACUGUAAGUAUAUACAAAAGUUAUAUACACUGUU